UUUCACGUUUGUGAAUAGCUCUUAACUGCGCAGUCAUUCGAGCGACGUACCUGCCGAUAAAAGUCUACUCCCUCAACAUUGCUUACACUCUAAAGUAUUGAGACGUUGGUAGUAACUGUACAAGCACAUGGUUCGUGCAGGUUAACUGUGACACGUCAUCGCUAGAGAAUAAUCAGACUGGAUUAACAGCCUAAACAGAUUCCACAUGGCGGGAAAAGGCAAAUUGAUGGUGAAAGUUACAUGUGUGAGUGAGUGAGUAUGGUUUAACGCCGCUUUUAGCAAUGUUCCAGCAAUAUCACGGCGGGGAUACCAGAUAGGAAAGUUACAUGAACGGAUCACUGGAGAGAUACGAAAAUAGAGUAUGAUUCAUGUUGUGACCUUCACCUGACGUGGACGUGGUCGACCUUGUGUAUGUGUCUCUGGGAAUGACUGUUAAUAUAGGUUGUGUUUCUGUGAUCGAUUGAUCACACACAUGAUGUUUCUGUGAUUACAACUUCUGUGAUUACAACUUCUGUUGUAACUUGGGAUUCUGUGAUUCUGUUGUAACUUGGGAUUCUGUACGGAGAAUACGUAUACACAGACCUAUUUCAUUUUCCUUCCGGAUACAGCAGGGACAAUGACGUUGACAUAUUUUUACCUUGAAAUGAGAUUACUAACGGCCCUCUGUUUGAUGACGGUUUUGCCAACAACAUCUUUCUCCGCGAUUAUAAGAGACACCCCUCACCUGGGAACCUACCCCCAUGAUGGAGUCACCUGUUUCAAGUGUCCACCAGGAACAUACGUGGACAAGCACUGUACUGGGGACUUCACAUAUUCUGUGUGUAAUGACUGCCCUGUUGGCACCUUCCAGACUCACUACAGCCAGGCAACAAAUUGCUCUCCUUGCCAGACAUUCUGUCUCCAUGACGACAACAUGGAGGUGGUUGAGAGUUGUACAUCCACCCAUGAUGUGAAGUGUCAGUGUAAACAAGGGUAUUAUUUACAGGUGAAAGACGUGUUCUCCGAUAUAAAAAUAUGUAAAAUAUACAGUUCCUGCCCCGAGGGACAAGUUAUCAUAAGAAACGGGACAUCAACAUCAGAUACCGAAUGUGGUUAUUGUCCAGAGGGUCAGUUCUCCAGGGAUGGACAGUGUCGGACAUGCAGCCCCUGUAGUGGGGAGAACAACACGCAGCUCACACCCUGUAAUGACACUUCUGAUGCCCAGUGUCUUCAUCAUCACACAAAUGAUACGGCCGAAUUAGUUACGGGAAUCCCAGAAAUAACGACCCACAAGAAGGAUGGCAGUAUAGGCGUGGUAGUCGUGGUUGUUCCAGUAGUUCUGUUGUCCCUCAUUGCUGCGGCAGUACUUCUAGCAGUACGUUACGUCAUGGCAAGAAAAGGUCAAAAGGGGAUCUACAGCAUUGAACUGAAUGAAAGAAGAGUCACUGAACCCCUAAUUGACAGAUCCAACUCCACGUGUUCAACUCAACCACCAAGGAAAAAACAAAGAACAUUCAGUGGUAGCAGUGCCGUCAGCGCAAGAACAGUGUCAUCAUUUCCCGAUCUUAGAGAUCCAGACAUGUGGAAGCUGAGGGUGUUCGACCUCCUGUGCAGCAGACUCACGAACUGGAAACGAUUCAUGAGAUACCUUCCAGGGGAUGCUGAGUACAGAUCGAAUGUAACCAGUCGAUGUGAGCAGAUUCAGUGGGAGGAACAGGGUGAUGUAAGAGAACAGAUCCACAAGGCUCUGGAAGAAUGGUCACGGUGCAAUGAAGAAGAAUACGUUAAGAUUGACAGCAUACUUGAUACUAUAGAACAAGUAACUGAGCAUGAUGACCAACUCUACAAGGAUGUUUGGGACCUGUGUUGUGAACUGGCCAAAGAACAGAAACAGGGAGCUAUAUCACAAGUCACCGUUUGAUGUCCAGGAGAAUACUACCAACAGUGAAAUAUGGCCGUGUAUGGAGUACGACUCAAAAUUCACUAGUCCGGACUGAUGUCGAUUUAUAGUGCUAGCCCACUGAGAUACCAUGCCGCAGUUGAACAUGAAUACCCCACUCAGACACAGUACACUGACUCCGAGCCGACCAGUCCUUGUUUUAGCCCUGUGUUGUGAACUGGCCAAAAAAACAGAAACAGAGAGCUAUAUCAUAAGUCAACGUUUGAUGUACUAGAGAAUACUUGUUUUAGCCCCUUGAUGCUGAGCGCCAGACAGGGUAACAGCAAGUACCAUCCUUCAACGUCGUUUGGUAUGAAGCGGCCGGGAAUCAAACCCCGGACCUUCCGCUCUCCGGGCGGGCGCUCUACCUCUAGACCACGGAGACGGUCCCAAAAUUCAGUACUCAUUACAUGGAGAACAUGGUGGUUACGUGCUGGAACGAGUGCUAAUGGACAAUAUUAUUGGGUGAGGCGCAUCUAAUAUGUCCAAAAUUUCUGUGAUCAAAAACAGUGACUCGUGCUCAUUAUUUGAAUAACCAUUUCCUGCCUUCAUAAAUGCUUGGUUGUUUGGUGCCGUGAUGGAAUAUUUGGAUGUUUCGAUACCAGAAUGGCUCCCAGGGACUGAGUGCUCAUGGACAAUGCUAUUUAAUGCGAUACAUCCAAUAUAUCCCAAAGUUCUGUGAUCAAAAACUGUGACUCGUGUUCAUUAUAUAGAGAACUGUUUCUUGACUGGUACUACGGUGGAAUGUGUAGCUGUCACAAUGCCAGAAUGGUUAUGAGGGUACCAGGUGCCAUGGGUAAUAUUAAUGCUAUUUCAUGUGACAUGUCAGCUCUCUUGGGAAAGCCAAAGGACAACCAAUAGCUUAUUUAUAUAAUUAUUGACAUGUUUAACAUGACUGUUCUUCAUAAUGUAGUCACAGACACAACAGGAAUACAUGGAUCUCAGCACAUUUCAGUGAAAGGAAUGGACGAUUUAUGAUUUAGCUUUGUUCUUUGUUUUUAACCAACUGGACAUAUAUAAGAAAUAAGAACUCCACCAGUUCCUGAAUCUGCGAGUCUGUGUUUAUUGCACAGUAACUCACAUAUAUAUUUACAAGACAUGACCAAAGAUAUUAUUUUAAAUAUUAUUAAUAUUUGCGGUUCCAGUACGACUUGCGGCAUUUUAUGUGUAUACUGUGAUCUUUUGACACAGUUCAAGUCAUUAUCCAUGUACAUAUGUGUUCGUCUUCCAUGUGAUUAAUCCUGGAAACUUUUACAUUUGAAAUGGCAUUACUUCCCACCAAUGAUUCGUUUAUCCGAACAUUGGUUUAUUGCACGGGAAGUCAACUGUCCGUAUUAACGGGGUCUACUAUACUAUGUACGUAGUCACUCCAUGUCCAUGCAUAUAUCAUAUCAUAGGACCUGUUUUGUCAGUUUUACCCUCUGCACAAUGUUGUUUUUUAAUAAACAAUUGAACAGAAA